GUUUUACCACGAUACGAAACGUGGAGAUUCCUUCCGUGUUUAGUUCGAUUAAAAUUUUAGAAUAUCAAGAACUUAUUUUGGAUAAGUCUCUUUCUCAGAGUUGUCGUUCCUAACGUCGGAAGCGGAGGCAGAAGAACGACAUACCUGUAGCAGUUUUGGUGAUGUAAUAGUCAAUACUAUGUUCGGAGAUGUACGUGGAACAAGAACAGACAAGGCUUUGCAGUUUUUAGGGAUACCAUAUGCGAAACCACCUACGGGCGACUUAAGAUGGCGGUCACCUGAAUCUCCAGCGCAAUGGUCUCCAGAUAUUUAUAACGCAACUACACGCCCACCCGGCUGCCCGCAGAAAUACUGCACAAAAUACCUACCGGAUAGUGGAUGCCCCACUGAAACGUCAGAAGAUUGUCUGUACUUAAAUGUCUGGACACCACUAGAGGGAACAAACACGAUGAAAUACCCAGUGAUGGUGUUUUUCCACGGUGGAGCGUUUAAAUGGGGAUACCCGUCGGCCGAGGUCUAUGACGGAAAUAACAUAGUCAGCCACGGUGAAGUUGUUCUUGUGACCGUUGCUUAUAGAAUUGGUCUCUUGGGAUUUUUGUACACGGGAGAUCGCGAGGACGAUUGCCAUGGUAACUAUGGGAUCCAAGACCAGAGACUGGCCCUAAACUGGGUCAGAGAAAACAUACAGAAUUUUGGAGGUGAUCCGGGGAAGGUUAUGGCUUUUGGCGAAAGUGCUGGAGCACAAUCAGUCUUCAUCCACAUGCUGUCACCGAAAUCUUAUGGGCUAUUUCAAAGUGCUGCUGUACAAAGUGCCCCGUUCGGUAUACCAUAUCGGACUAAACUGCAAGCCCUCGGUGUGGCAAAUGCGAUCUAUUUACUUCUUGGGUGCUUUAUCGGGGAUGUUAAAUGUCUGAGAUCGAAAUCUGUGGAAGAAAUUGACGAAGCCCAAGAGAAAUCUAUGCUUACACUGACAUCAUUUAAAGUCAUCAACUAUUUUGAACCAAUCGGACCAAUCAUUGACGAGGAUGAAAAUCCCCUUCAGCCAAUGGAAGCUCUUAGGAAAAAUAAAGUUAGAAACAUUCCCACAAUCCUUGGAACACUUAAAGACGAAGGGCGGAUGUUCAUUCAUGGAAUCCUAAAUACAUCCAUGCCGCCUCUUUUAUACGAGGCUGCGCUGGGAGUUUUCAAACCGUCACAUUUCUUUCAAAUUAAUAGAGAAUAUCCCCUGCAAGAAGGAGUUAAUGACCUUCGAGACACUCUCGGCCAGCUUGCGACUGAUUACCUCUUUACAUGUUCCAACAGGAAUGUCAGCAGACUGAGAGCUAAAGACAAUAUGGAAACAUACAGGUUUGUCUUUGAGCAUGCCGCGGAAUAUCCUAGCGCAUCCGCGGAUCAUUCUUUUUGUGAGGGCCACGUGUGUCAUGCGGCCGAGUUACCUUACCUCUUUGGUAAUUUCAUCGGAAGAAAUGUCACAGAAGACGAAAUAAGACUUUCACGUGAAAUGAUGACGUACUGGACAAAUUUUGCACACACCAGCAACCCAAAUUAUGGGAUGAGGGUACCUGAUAUCAGAUGGCCCACCUAUGAAUACCAAACUUCAAAAAAGGCGACAAUGCAUUUUAUAACACCGCGAGACGAGUUAAUUGAGAGCUACAGGGAUGACUUUUGCGAUUUCUGGGAUACUGUAGAAUAUGAAAAGUAAACAAAGAAUAUUUAUAUCCAUUGUUCUGUAACCCAGACGUUUGUUAUUAAUUAAAAACAAUACCCACCACCCCCCUUAUCAUGUCAAUUAAUUUAGGAAUUCGAUCAUUUGCGAUUUUUCUGCCAAACAUGCAACCUGUUAUCAAUGGUGUGGAUAUUCACUCAAUUCUAUGCUCUAGUACGUCAAAUUAUCGGUCAGUUUCAACAGAAAGCUCGACGUUUAAAAUCGUUUUUUCUUCUUUUGUGGAUGUGUACGCGUAUGCUGCCGUACGUGCGAUUUUACGAACAUUGCUUUCAUUUUUGCCGCCGCAUGCCUGCUUUAGGUACCAUGUUCGAACCACAUCCCUACAUUUCAUACUUGCGUUAGGUAGAUUUUCGAAGAUAAAAGUAAAUCUUACUGUAUAACAGAAUGAUUGUGGCGGCAUAUUCUUUCAUGUUCUCAGUUUACUCACACAAACAUGCUGUAUAAGGUUUUUUCAUGCUUUGCGUUCACCUCAGGCUCGACACUGCUUGUUGUCGGUAUCACCUCCCCAUAUAAUGGUACCCUACAUUUUAAGUCACCAGAAAAUGGCAGUGCGACGUAAACUCGCCUUUUAUUGACAUUAUAUCGUAACUAACACGUAUUUCUUCCAUAGUUCAACGUACUUGGAUCACAACGAAUAUAGAAAGCUCAGAGGAUAUCUGGAUUAUCCGUUUUGCAUGAACAACAGACACGCAGCGGUCGUCGGAUCCAUUUUAGAUUAUCGAUGUUCAACAGUAAAGUAACUACUCAGGUUGGUGCAGUGUUCCGCUGCAGCCGUCGUGCUAUCGCUUUGUCAACAGGUAAUUGUGGUACCUUGACACUACGAUGGCGAUGUUACGACAAUAAGAUAGUAUGGUAGUGAUGGUACACUGAUACGAUGGUGCGAUGACGAGAUGUCACGGUUGCGUGAUAGUGAUAAAACGACGCAGCGGCAAGAUGGCAGAUGCGAUAUUUCUUCGUGUAGUCGUCAUAAUGAAGUCAGCUUAUCAUCAUUAUGUCAUCACUCCACCAUCGGUGUGCUAUCGUCCUGUCGAGUCACCAUUAUUGUCCUGUCGUUGCUGCUCGUGUAUCUGUCGACAUAUCGGGGACACGGUGGACAUAACGGGACACCGUAGAAUGGUAUCUGACGAAAUAUCUUUUCAUAUAAAAAUAUAAAAAAGUUCAUCAAAGAAAAAUAUCAAAAACAUUAAGAAUAACGGCACGUUCGCAGUUUCAGGGGAGAAAAAAAAACACUUAUUCAUAUGGCGUCAUCAGUUGUACUGAUAAAACAUUUUAAUUCAUCCAUUUACGAGACUUUCCAUUUAUAAAAUUUAAAAGUCUCAUCAAAUCAAUUAUCAACAAUAUUUGUAGUUCGUACAAGAGUGGUUUUCUGUGUGUUGCGUUUUAGUUCAGUGACUGUGUAGAGUCCGCUCGACAAAAAAAAUGAUUAAAUCUUUUAACAUUCAUAAAUUAUAAUCUUUUAAUUGUUUUUUAAAGAAUAACUUGAAAUUUUGUUUGGUCUGAAAGAUGGCUCCUUUUGACCUGGCAACAUGUAAUGUAUCGAAAAAUGUAUCCCUAGUUGUGUACAUUAUAUUUAUCAAAAUUUAUAUAAAUAUUUAUUUUCCUCUUAUCUAAGAAUAGAGCUGGUUUGGGCAUUGUAGAGUAUGGUGAAAAAUGGGACAAAAAAACUGUUCACUUUAUUUCUUAUAUAAAUUUAAAAUAUACUCAAUAAUUCACAAGUUCAAUAAGUCAUCGAUCACAAUAACAAGGUAUAAACACCUCGCCGACAAUAAACACUAGUAUUUGCAUAUCCUUAAAUGUUUUUUAUGCAAGAGUGGUGAAGUUCGAUAUUUUUGUAUUAUCCACGUAUUAAGAUAAUCUUUAAAGUACAUGAAAUAACGAUUUAUCAAACCAGUAUCAAACAUAUUCAAUAACAAGCAGGCUUAUAGCUGUUAAGUUUGUAUAUGUAGCACUCUGAGAGGGGGGUUUAAUUUGGAAGCAUGAUUAUUCCUAAAUCUGAAGUUAACUUCGAUAAGAUAAGGUUAAUCCAAAAUAAAAAUUAUCUGAAAUCAAAAAGCAGUUCUUGAGCGAAAAUAAAUUAUUUUU